GCUGAGGAGCGGCGCUGGCGGACGUCGGGCGGACGGCCCGUGACGUCGUGAGGAGCGCUUUAAAGUGCGGGCUGGGCCGGGCGUCCGAGGGUCUGGCUGGGAGUCGGGUCGGACCUCCGCAGCGGCCCUCCGCGGCAUGAGGCGCUGCCGGCGCCCUUGCUCUCUGGGACGUGGAGAAGGCGGCGGAGGAGGAAGUCCCGUUGCCGCCACCGCUGCAUGACCCACCGCCCCUGAGGCCCGACCCCGCGCCCGCCCCCUCGACGCCCCCCGCCGGGUCCUCCGGCCUCGCAUGGGGGCCUGGCGCUGAGGAACCCCUUUCCUCCGGGGGCGCCGGGGCGCGUCCUCCGAGAGCCAUGCCCGGCCGCCCCUCCCGCCCCGGAGGACCCUAGAGCAGCGUCGCGGGGGCCAUGGCGGCCGCCAGCGGUUACACGGACCUGCGUGAGAAGCUCAAGUCCAUGACGUCCCGGGACAACUAUAAGGCGGGCAGCCGGGAGGCAGCGGCGGCCGCCGCCGCCGCCGUGGCCGCCGCUGCCGCCGCCGCCGCCGCCGCCGAGCCUUACCCGGUGUCCGGGGCCAAGCGCAAGUAUCAGGAGGACUCGGACCCCGAGCGCAGCGACUAUGAGGAGCAGCAGCUGCAGAAGGAGGAGGAGGCGCGCAAGGUGAAGAGCGGCAUUCGCCAGAUGCGCCUUUUCAGUCAGGACGAGUGCGCCAAGAUCGAGGCCCGCAUCGACGAGGUGGUGUCCCGCGCGGAGAAGGGCCUGUACAACGAGCACACGGUGGACCGGGCCCCGCUGCGCAACAAGUACUUCUUCGGCGAGGGCUACACGUAUGGCGCCCAGCUGCAGAAGCGCGGGCCUGGCCAGGAGCGCCUCUACCCGCCGGGCGAUGUGGACGAGAUCCCCGAGUGGGUGCAUCAGCUGGUGAUCCAGAAGCUGGUGGAGCACCGCGUCAUUCCCGAGGGUUUCGUCAACAGCGCCGUCAUCAACGACUAUCAGCCCGGCGGCUGCAUCGUUUCUCACGUGGACCCCAUCCACAUCUUCGAGCGCCCCAUCGUGUCCGUGUCCUUCUUCAGCGACUCCGCGCUCUGCUUCGGCUGCAAGUUCCAGUUCAAGCCUAUCCGGGUGUCAGAACCUGUGCUUUCUCUGCCGGUGCGCAGAGGAAGCGUGACUGUGCUCAGUGGAUAUGCUGCUGAUGAAAUCACUCACUGCAUACGGCCUCAGGACAUCAAGGAGCGCAGAGCGGUCAUCAUCCUCAGGAAGACGAGAUUAGAUGCACCCCGGUUGGAAACAAAGUCCCUGAGCAGCUCUGUGUUACCACCCAGCUAUGCUUCAGAUCGUCUCUCGGGAAACAACAGGGACCCUGCUCUGAAACCCAAGCGGUCCCAUCGCAAGGCAGACCCUGAUGCUGCCCACAGGCCUCGGAUCCUGGAAAUGGACAAGGAAGAGAACCGGCGCUCCGUGUUGCUGCCCACACACCGUCGGAGGAGUAGCUUCAGCUCUGAGAACUACUGGCGCAAGUCCUAUGAGUCUGGGGAGGACUGCUCAGAGGCGGCAGGCAGCCCUGCCCGAAAGGUGAAGAUGCGCAGGCACUGAGGCAUGCCGUGCCCUCCUGGGAACUCUGGCUCAUCCUCACAUAGCUGCCCCCUCCUUGUGUUCAGUUUUUUUGGUUUUUGUUUUUAUUUUUUGUUUUUAGUUUUGUUUUGUUUUUUUGUUUUUUUGUUUUGUUUUGUCUUUGUUUUGGUUUUGGUUUUUUUUUUAUCCUUACAUUUUUUCCUUGGGUUUGUUGCCUGUUGAGGCUGAAGAACAGAAUUGGCUGGGACCUGAUUCUCAUGUUCUUGGUUUUCCUCCAAAAUGGAAAGGCUAUUGGCAUCUGUAGGGGACAGAAGCUCACACCAGAGUGGCCAGUAGAGGUGUGGGGGGCAGCUGUCCUCAAGUGGGGCUGUGUCAGGCUGGGUUUAUUUAAAAGCAACAAAAUAUUUUGGUUAAGAAAAUUCUUGUUUUGCUUUAAAUGUAAAUCUUUUCAGUGUUGUAAAUGAAGUUCAGUCUUCAGCCCCACCCCCCCCACCCCCCAAUGUCUGGGUUGAGGUCUCGUUUGUGCUCCUUGCUGGUUCUGCAGGAGGCCUUCUGUCUUCCCACUUCUCACCCGCUCUCCAGGCCCUGGAAGUUCAUGCAAACACCCUCUUUCUCCUGCAGCAGAGUUGUUCAGGAUGACUGGGUGGGGUUGAAACAGUCCUCUGCCACCCCAAAGCUAUUGGCCAAGCCCCCAGGCUUCCUCCACGCCCAUUGGCCUGCUCUGCCCACAGGUCCUUGGGCUGCCGCGGGGCUGGCUACAGUGGUCUUGACCUUUCUUGCCAAGAGCACGCCUCUUUGCUGCGUUGCUCCUUUCAUGCAUAUGCGUGUGAUUGUACGAAACAGUUAGACUUGCCAUGUUGGGGCAGUUUUAGGAAUUGUUUCUAGCUAGAGGGACGGGUGUCCUUCCAAGUCUAGCAUUUGGGGUAUGGAAAAUUGUUGUGGUGUGUGGUAGGGUUUUUGUUUUCUUUUGUUUUUGAGUUUUUAUUUUUUCCUUUGGUCUCUUGGCUUUUUCCUAACCCUUUCUUUCCUCCUACAUUGGCCAGCUUGGGCCUUCUCUCCAUGUCAUCCCCAUAGGAAGGCAACUGCCCACCCCCUCUGUCUGCCUGUAGCAUGCAUUCAACCAAGGCCAGAGCUCAGGUCUGCAGACUGGGUUGGCGCCUUCUCUGCCUCAGGGGCGUGGGAGUUGGGGAAGGGGCUUUUAAGAAAUAAAAGGAAAAAGAUAAUAAAGUCUUUGGCAGUUUCCACCUACUCAGAUCCUCAAAGGUUGCAAGGUAUUGAUCUAGAUUAAUUAGGAAUGUUUCAUUGCCUGCCAUGGCCGAGACCUAGGCCUGCUGAGAGCAGAAGCCCUCCCAGUCUCCGGGCUGCCACCACCCCAGGGGGGCCUUGACUCACAGAGGCCCAGGCCUGAGGCUGCAGAAAUCUGGGGCAGCCGUCAAGAAGUCCCUCUCAGGGGCCAGAACUCCUUUGCCAGCGUGGAUUCAAGUCGGGACUGCGUAACUAAAGCAGUUGCAGUUUUAUUUUUUUUACAGCUUUUUUCCCAAAAAUGAUUUGUAGUUGUGUGUGCAGCACUUUGCCCUGAUAUGUGUGCUCUACAAUAAAAACCAAAUCUAAUAUAUUUUGAAACAGUUGUCUGAUACUGUUAUAAGAGAGGAUUUGCCUUUGGUGCUUCCUUAAUCCCCUUAUUUUCUUCUUAACUUUGAACCCAGGCUGGGGAGGCCAGAGUUCAUUGCCCACCAGGGAAGUCCUCAUGGGAGAGAAUAGGGCAGACGGCAGAAGGUGAACUCUCCCACUCUCAGGAGGAUGGGCCAUGUGUCCAGGAGCCAAGAUCACAACCUGCUGAGUUUUGAAGCCCUUCCCCCUGGGUUUGAUGAGAUAUACUGUAUGCCAGCAAAGGAGGGACAGGGUGAGCAAAGGCAGGGGGAGAGCCUGGCCUUUGUAAAAGAUAGGCAAGUGGUUUUGAGUUCUUCUCAGUUAUUCUUUAGUUCCUCCUAUACUCUGGCCGAGUCCUCACUGUGGUCUCAUCAAUGAGCAAAAGUCUUCUGGUUCCUUCUUUCAAGAUGUGUACUACAGAGUUGUGGGAUAUGGAUACAGGCAUGAGGCAGGCAUGUGGGGACUGGGGUUGGGGCCCAGAGUGUUUUUAAGUCCCUUCUUAUCCAGGAUCGGGUCGGCGUAGGUCUGGAAUCUGUCUCCCUUAUUCACUUCCAGGGCCCAAACCAGUCUGGCUAAUUCUUGCUGUGGAAAGCUAACAAGUCACUUAACUGCCCAUUUAAGAGAGGAGAAGAGAGAAUGUGGAGGGAUCAAGUGACUGGCUGGGGCUCAGUCCUGCAAAUGGGUGACAGGAUGUGAAGGGCAGGGGGCCAGAGCCUCCAUAUGGUCUGUGGCAGGUUGGGCCUGCAGGGGUAGACUGGGCCAUGGUUGUCCCAGAGAGGAGACCUCGGAGCUGAAAGGGGAAGUAACUUACUCAAAAUCAUCUAGAUUACAUGGCAGAGGAGGGUACCUCCUACUCUAUGCCCAGGCUCCUGACUCAGGCAUAGAAUGGGCGGCUCAUGUGGAGAGCUGGGGAGCUGGAACUCUACAGUAGCUGUGAUAGAGUCACACCUGGGCUCUUCCUUGUCCCAAAGAGGCCCUUUGCAAGAAUGAGGGACAGAAGAGGCUAUGGGAAGGGGCUCUGGCCGUCAUAGAUCCUGCUGUCAUUGGCUUCAGUUUCUGCCCAGCAGUCCCAUGGCACCCCAUCUCUGGACUAAGCCUGCGGGGGUCCCACACCUGACUCCCUGAAUUUGACUGCCCCCACCCCAGUCUUGCACAUGGUAGGCGCUCUAACAUCUGACACCAGCCCUGCCUUCCUAGGGAGCCCAUCCCAUUCCUCUGACCCUAUUGUGCUGGGGAAGAUUGAGGCCCAUAGUCCCCUUCAUCCAAAAAUAUGAGUGUCCUACUAUGUGCCAGGCUCUGCUGGGUGCUGAGGAUACAAGACCGACCUGGUAUGGUCUCUCUCCAACAUGGCUAUUCUAAAUUGUGCUGAUAUAAAAGAUGUGUAGCACGUAAAUUACAAAUAAUAAAAUACCCAGUACACUAUUAUCUUUAUAGCCACGUGUUCCUCACAGAAUGCUUUUGUUGAUCUUUUUGAUAGAUUCUUCUAUUUGUAGCCUUCCUGUGGUUGUAAUUCAACCUUAAUAUGGCAAAUGGAACUGCAUCCCAUUGCUGAUAAGUUUUCCAGGGCUCCUGUAAUAGAUUACCACAAACUUGGUGGCUAAAACAUCAGAAACGUAUUUUCUCAGUUUGGAGGUCUGAAAUCGAGAUCAUGGUCCAAACCAUGCUCCUACUGGAGCCUCCAGCCCUUGCCUCUAACAGCUCCUGGUGGCAUUCCUUGACUGUGGCCCUCUAACUCUGGUUUCUGCCUCCAUGGCCACAUGGCUGCCUCUUCUGUUUCGUACCAAGUCCCCUUCUGCCUGUCCUUCAUUAGGACACUAGUGAUUGGAUUUAGGGCCCACCUGGAUGAUCAAAAAUAAUCACAUCCAAGGUGAAAAAAUGUACCAGUUCCAAGGGUUAGGAUCUGAAAUCUUUGGGGGUCACUCUUCAGCCUACUACACUACUCUCUUCCCAAUAAGUCUGUCAUUAAAUCUGGUACAAGGCCUACUGAUUUCUCAACGUUAGAGCAAACUGUGUUAAUUGGAUUGAAAUCUCUUAGCCUCAGCACUAUUAAAUUUAAUCCGCAUUAUUUUCUCUGCUGAUUUCUUCUUAAAUCUAGACCUGUGCUGUCCAAUAUGGCAGCCACUGGACAGUUUGGCUGUUGAACACUUGAAAUAUGGCUGGUUUGAAUUGAGAUGUGCUUUAAGUGUCAAAUACACACCAGAAUUUGAAGUUAGUAUGAAAAAAGAAUGUAAAGUAUAUCAUUAGUUACUUUAUAUUGAUUACAUGUUGAAAUGGCAAUAUUUUGGACAUACUGGGUUAAAUAAAAUACACUUUAAUUUCA